CGUCAGCGACUCAGGCGAUUGCCGCGACGGCUUGAUUGUCACUGGGUUUUGUUGCAAGCCUUGUCCGUCGCGAGCCUGUCGCGGGCGCCAUUCCCUAGCGAAGAGUCUGCCGCCAGAGGGGUCGAGACUGGAUCCCAUGACCACGACACACGAUUCAACUAACACUUGCCAGUCAUCAACCGAAUCACCUUAAUACUCGCAAUUGACGGCACUUUUUCUUGCAUCGAUUUGGCCUUCGACCAACCGCCAAGAUGGGUUGCGGAAUGAGCACGGAGGAGAAGGAGGGCAAGGCCCGGAACGAGGAGAUCGAGAACCAGCUGAAGAAGGAUCGCAUGCAACAGCGCAAUGAGAUCAAGAUGUUGCUUCUGGGUGCUGGUGAAUCCGGAAAGUCGACGAUUCUGAAGCAGAUGAAGCUCAUCCACGAAGGCGGCUACUCGCGCGACGAGCGCGAAUCCUUCAAGGAGAUCAUCUUCAGCAACACGGUUCAGUCGAUGCGCGUCAUCCUCGAGGCGAUGGAGUCCCUGGAGCUGCCGCUGGCGGACUCGAGGAUGGAAUACCACGUCCAGACCAUCUUCAUGCAGCCGGCACAGAUCGAGGGGGAUGUGCUGCCGCCUGAGGUCGGCAACGCCAUCGAGGCGCUUUGGAGGGAUGCUGGCGUCCAGAGCUGCUUCAAGCGAUCUCGAGAGUACCAACUCAACGACUCGGCAAGAUACUACUUCGAUAACAUCGCCCGUAUCGCCGCGCCCGACUACAUGCCCAACGACCAGGAUGUCCUGCGGUCGCGUGUCAAGACGACUGGUAUCACCGAGACCACCUUCAUCAUUGGCGAGCUUACGUAUCGCAUGUUUGAUGUCGGUGGCCAGCGAUCUGAGCGGAAGAAGUGGAUCCACUGCUUCGAGAACGUCACCACCAUCCUGUUCCUGGUCGCCAUCUCCGAGUACGACCAGCUGCUGUUCGAGGACGAAACCGUCAACCGUAUGCAGGAAGCCCUCACCCUCUUCGACUCGAUCUGCAACUCGAGGUGGUUCAUCAAGACGUCCAUCAUCCUCUUCCUCAACAAGAUCGACAGGUUCAAGGAGAAGCUGCCCGUCAGCCCGAUGAAGAACUACUUCCCCGACUACGAGGGCGGCGACGACUACGGUGCUGCGUGCGACUACAUCCUGAACCGCUUCGUCAGCCUGAACCAGCACGAGAGCAAGCAGAUCUACACACAUUUCACAUGCGCGACCGAUACAACACAGAUUCGCUUCGUCAUGGCGGCAGUGAAUGAUAUUAUCAUCCAGGAAAACCUCCGUCUCUGCGGGCUCAUCUGAGCGGCAAACACGACAGCCCCGUCGUUAUAGCCACGGAUCCACAAAUUCGCGUCGCCUAUGUUGAGUGCUCGGCAUAGAAGAUACCUCUCCCC